AUGGGGGAUGAUGACGAUGAGGGCGAUGAGGAGGACGACGAUGAAGAUGGGGAUGGGGGUGCUGGAUCACCCCAGUAUACACUCCAGGUGGACCCGAACGAUCCGGAAUCUGGAGCGGCCUUCCUGGAGAUCGCGGCUCUUCUUAACGGACAGGAAGCCUCCCCGGCCGCUCAGUCUUCCCUCCUGCAGAGACUCCUAGCUGGCGGAUUCAUACGCACGUCCCAGCGAAACGCGCCGCCUGUGCUUACGCCGGAAGAAAGGGCCGAGAGGGAGGCGGAACGCAGGAGGAGGGAACAGUGGUGGACACCGCAAACCAAGCCGCAUCCCCGCGGUAAGGAGUUGCUGUGCGGGGGUGAGUUUGGGAGGGUGGGGCAGUGGAAGGCGGAUAAGCGGGAUGGGAGGGGGGAGGUGAGGCGGCCGAGGCUGAGGGAGACGGCGAGAUUUGGGGCGGCAACAUUGCCUAAUACCAAUGGUACGGUCGUAGCGGUCUACCCGUCGGUACCUUACGUUGGCCAGUACGCCAAACAAGACUACUCGAUAUUCUUCACCGCAACCCAAAACUUCACCCUACACCUCUACAACCUCGCCUCGGCCCGUCCCACGCCCAAGCGGCCUCGCGACAUGUAUGCGGGACCGCAGUGGAGGGGGAUGAGGGGGAUGGGGGGUGUUGGGGAGGAUACGAGUCUCAAGAAGAUUAAGGCUGUGAGGGGGGAGGAGGGAUCAUGGACUAUCACCGAUAGUGACUCUACCAGGGAUGGAGAGAGGAUGAUCUACUCGUCCAUCACCCCUUAUGUCCAUAUGCUACACACCGGUGAACACGAGGCGGAUCAUACCUGCCUGGACUUUUCGGGAUCCGCGGGGAGCCGAGGCGGUGGGAUGUGGGGUGGAGGUGGUUUCGGAAUCUGGAGUAUCCGAUUCUCGGCGGACGGAAAGGAGGUCGUUGCUGGUGGUGGAGAAGGCCGGAUCAUGGUGUAUGAUAUUGAAGCUGAGCGGCGAUCACUCAGUAUUGUCGGACAUGCCGAUGAUGUCAACGCGGUCUGUUUCGCCGAUGAAUCCUCUACCAACAUCCUCGUUUCAGGCUCCGACGACGGUUAUGUCAAAAUAUGGGAUCGCCGCUCGUUAUCAGGCGGGACCCCGUCGGGUGUCCUCGUCGGCGCGACCGAGGGUAUCACGUAUACCUCGCCAAAGGGCGACGGGCGGUAUAUCGUUGUCAACUCCAAAGACCAGGCGGCGCGGUUGUAUGAUUUGAGGAAGAUGAAGAGUUGGAGCGAGUUUGAAGGGGAGAUGGAUGCGGUUGGGAAGUGGGGGCAGCCGAGGUUUGACUACCGGAAUGCACGGUACCCGCCCCCUCAGCGCCUAGCCCACCCGAAAGAUUGUUCAGUGAUGACGUACCGUGGCCAUGCGGUGCUUCGGACAUUGAUCAGGUGUCAUUUCUCCCCGAGGGAGAGUACGGGGCAGGGGUAUAUCUAUUCGGGGAGCGCGGAUGGGUUGAUCCAUAUUUGGUCUUUGGAUGGGCAAGUCGUCCAAGUCCUUGAUCGAUCCCGAUCCGUCCCGCUCCGAGAUGCCAACAACAACUUUACCGAUCCCUCCGCGCCUGAACCUACGCGGAACGCGACCGAGUCGCAGUUCCGCAACUCGACGAGACAGGCUUCGGGGCAUUGUACGCGGGACGUUAGUUGGCAUGGCUAUGAGCCGAGUCUGAUGUCUACAUCCUGGACAGUCAGUGGUGGAUAUCGCCAAGGCGGCUCGAUUGCCAAGCAUGAAUGGAAGGGGCUCGGUAAGGGCGGAUUGAGGAGGUUGGAGGAUUGGGUAGAGAGGGAGGCGGGGCAGUAUGAGGCUGGGCAGUCGGGUGUGCAGAUCUGA